UCUUUCCGUAAAAAUUGUUACGAAAAAUCAUUAAUUCCCGGUCGAUUCAAGUUUUUAUGAAUUAUCAAGUAAAGCACAAGUCAGGAAAUCUAAUACUAAAAAAUUUAUCAAAGAAUACUACUUUUCAAGAAUUAUGUCGAAAAAUAUAUGAAGAAACCCGCAUCCCUGCAGAAAACCAAAAUUUGUUGUAUGGUGUUCCUCUGAAGCCAGUAAAGUUUCAAAUGGAGGAUGAGAUUUGCUCUAUUUUGCCGAAUGGUUCGUCAAUGUGGCUGGAAGAAUUAAAUGCAAGAAAGCCCCCUCCUUACGAUAGCGUAAAGAUGGAAAGGCAUGUAGUACCAGCUGAUAACUCAUGCUUGUUCAGAUCAAUUUGCUUUUUAUUGGAAAUGGAAGAUUCAAAUUCUCCCGACUUUCUGCGCAAGAUAUGCUGUGAAGCUAUCAAAGCAGAUCCAGAAUUUUAUAACGAAGGAUUUUUAGGGAGCCCCAACGAAGUUUAUCAAAAUUGGAUUCUCAAUUCAAAUAAUUGGGGAGGGGCAAUUGAGUUGUAUAUAUUAUCGAAAUAUUUUGAGAUUGAAAUUUAUACUUUUGAUGUCCAAUCGAACCGAGCCGAAGCGUUCGGGCAACAAAAUCAAUUUUGCAGGAGAAUUUAUUUAAUUUACGACGGAAUUCACUACGAUCCUCUAGUCAGGAGAAAUCUGGAUAAUAAAGAAUUAACACGAGUUUUUGAUAUUACUGAUGAAUUUUCUUUUUCACUGGCUAAAAGUUUUUGCAAAACAGAAUAUAAAGCAAAGAAAUUUGUCUCUCCUUCCAACUUUUCUAUUCGCUGUAUCACCUGUGGAGUUUUUUUGAUUGGAGAAGCAGAAGCUCGACUCCACGCUCAGCAGAGCAAUCACACCAACUUUGAAGAAUUUAGGGCUGAUGUGGGCGGCUUAUAGUUUUCAUAAUAAAAU